CGGCGCUGUCCCUUCCGCCCCGGCGACGCCAGCGUCCCUUUGUGUCCGGGCGGGUGCGCCGAGCACCCCGGGGCGCUGCCAUUUCGCUUCCGCGCGGAGCCCUGGGCCGCGCUCGUCUGUCAGCCUCGGACCCGCGGCCGGCGGUGAAAAGGUGCCCGUCUCCCUGACCCACAGCUCAUGACUCAGAAGAGGGAAAAGCUGAGGGACGAUGGACGCAAAAGCUCGCAAUUGUCUGCUGCAGCACCGAGAAGCCCUGGAGAGGGACAUCAAGACGUCCUACAUCAUGGACCACAUGGUUGGGGACGGGGUCUUGACAGUAGCAGAGGAGGAGAAAGUGAAAAACGAGCCCACGCAACAGAAACGGGCAGCCAAGCUAAUCAAGACGCUCCUUACCAAGGACGAUCACUCCUACAUCUCCUUCUACAACGCCCUGCUGCUGGAGGGCUACAGAGAUCUCGCCGCCCUGCUGCACGGCGCGGUUCCCGCCGGCCCCUCUUCCAGCGGCAAAGACUCGCUUGGCGGAGUGACUUCAUACGUAAGAACAGUCCUCUGUGAAGGCGGAGUGCCCCAGAGGCCAGUUGUCUUUGUUACUAGGAAGAAGCUGGUGAAUGCCAUCCAGCAGAAGCUCGCCAGUCUGAAUGGGGAGCCUGGCUGGGUGUCCGUCUAUGGCAUGGCCGGCUGCGGGAAGUCUGUGCUAGCUGCGGAAGCUGUCCGAGACCACUUCUUCCUAGAAAGUUGCUUCCCCGGGGGUGUGCACUGGGUCUCCGUCGGGAAACAGGACAAGUCUGGGCUGCUGAUGAAGCUGCAGAACCUUUGUGCCCGGCUGGGCCAGGACGAGGCUUUCUCCCAGAGGCUUCCCCUCAACAUCGAGGAGGCUAAAGACCGUCUCCGUCUUCUGAUGCUGCGUGAACACCCCAGGUCUCUCUUGAUCUUGGAUGAUGUUUGGGAUCCUUGGGUGUUAAAAGCCUUUGACAAUCAGUGUCAGAUUCUUCUCACCACCAGGGACAAGAGUGUCACAGACUCCGUGAUGGGUCCCAAACACUUAGUCCCUGUGGAGAGUGGCUUAGGAAAAGAAAAAGCACUUGAAAUUCUGUCCCUUUUUGUUAAUAUGAAAAAGACAGAACUGCCGGAACAAGCCCACAGUAUCGUGAAAGAGUGUAAAGGUUCUCCUCUAGUGGUAUCUUUAGUUGGCGCCCUUUUACGGGAUUUUCCCAACCGCUGGGAAUACUACCUCAGACAACUUCAGAACAAACAGUUCAAGAGAAUAAGGAAAUCAUCAUCAUAUGAUUAUGAAGCUCUGGACGAAGCCAUGUCUAUCAGUGUGGAGAUGCUUAGAGAAGACAUCAAGGAUUACUAUACAGACCUUUCUGUCUUUCAGAAGGAUGUUAAGGUGCCUACAAAGGUGUUGUGCAUCCUCUGGGACAUGGAGACUGAGGAAGUUGAGGACAUCCUGCAAGAGUUUGUCAACAAGUCCCUCUUAUUCUGCGAUCGGAACGGAAAGUCAUUUCGUUAUUACUUACAUGACCUUCAAGUCGAUUUUCUCACGGAGAAGAACCGCAGCCGACUUCCGGAUCUGCAUAAGAAGAUGAUCACUCAGUUCCAGAGAUGUCACCGGCUCCCUGCCCUCUCAGCAGACCAGGAGGACUGCAUGUACUGGUGUAACUUCCUGGCCUAUCACAUGGCCAGCGCCAACAUGCAUAGGGAACUUUGUGCUUUAAUGUUUUCCCUGGAUUGGAUUAAAGCAAAAACAGAACUCGUAGGCCCUGCUCAUCUGAUUCAUGAAUUUGUGGAAUACAGGCAUAUAUUGGAUGAAAAGGAUUGUGCAGUCUGUGAGAGUUUUCAAGAGUUUUUAUCUUUAAACGGACACCUUCUUGGGCGACAACCAUUUCCUAAUAUUGUCCAGCUGGGUCUGUGUGAGCCAGAGACUUCAGACGUCUAUCAGCAGGCAAAGCUGCGGGCCAAGCAGGAGGCGGAUGCCGGAGCGCUUUACCUGGAAUGGAUAAAUAAAAAAAACAUCAAGAACCUCUCGCGCCUCGUUGUCCGCCCCCACACAGAUGCUGUUUACCAUGCUUGCUUUUCUGAGGAUGGUCAGAGAAUCGCUUCCUGCGGGGCUGACAGAACUUUACAGGUGUUCAAAGCGGAGACAGGAGAGAAACUCCUAGAGGUCAAGGCUCACGAGGACGAAGUACUUUGCUGUGCGUUCUCUGCAGAUAACCAAUUUGUAGCCACUUGUUCUGUGGAUAAGAAAGCAAAGAUCUGGAAUUCUGGGACCGGCGAGCUAGUGCAGACCUAUGAAGAGCAUUUGGACCAGGUCAACUGCUGCUGCUUCACCACCGGCAGCCGCCACCUUCUGCUCGCCACAGCGUCCAGUGACAGCUUCCUCAAGCUCUGGGAUUUGAAUAAGAAAGAAUGUCGAAAUACCCUGAUGGACCACACACAUCCAGUUCACCACUGCAGAUUCUCACCUGAUGAUAAGCUCCUGGCAAGCUGUUCAGCUGAUGGAACGUUAAAGCUCUGGGAUGUAAAAUCUGCAAACAAAGUGAAAAGCAUCAACGUGAAGCAGCACUUGCUAAGCUCAGCGGAGCCUCAAGAAGACACGGAAGUGAUAGUGAAGUGUUGCUCGUGGUCUGCUGAUGGCACCAGCAUCAUGGUGGCGGCAAAAAACCAAAUCUUUCUCUUUGCCAUUCAUACCAGUGAGCUGCGGGCAGCAGUCCACACAGGCCACCACAGCACCAUCCAGUACUGUGACUUCUCCCCGCAGAGUGACUUGGCAGUGGUGGCUUCGUCCCAGUACUGUGUGGAGUUGUGGAAUAUGGAAUCAUGUCUAAAGGUUGCUGAUUGCAGAGGACACUUAAGUUGGGUUCAUUGUGUGAUGUUCUCUCCUGACGGAUCGUCCUUCCUGACAUCUUCGGAUGACCAGACAAUCAGGCUCUGGGAGACAAAGAAAGUGUGUGAGAACUCUGAUACAGUUUUGAAGCAAGAAAUAGAUGUCGCAUUCAAAGAUAGCGAAGUGAUGAUUCUCGCAGUUGACAAUGCAAGACAUUUGCAACUCAUUAGUGGAAAAACAAGUCAGAUUGAUUAUCUGGCAGAAGCUCAGGUUAGUUGCUGCUGCUUAAGUCCAGAUCUUCAGCACAUCGCCUUUGGAGACGAAGAUGGAGCCGUUAAGGUGCUAGAACUGCUCAACAACAGACUCUUCCAGCCCCGGACCGGGCACUCGAGCACAGUGCGGCACGUGCAGUUCACAGCCGACAGCAAGACUCUGAUCUCCAGCUCUGACGGCUCUGCGAUUCAGGUGUGGAACUGGCAGUCAGAAGAAUAUGUCUUUCUGCAAGCACAUCAGGAAACAGUGAAAGACUUCAGGCUUCUGAAAGACUCAAGACUGCUUUCGUGGUCAUUUGAUGGGACAGCGAAGGUGUGGGAUAUCAUCACUGGAAACAUGGACAAGGACUUUGCUUGUCACCAGGACACAGUACUCUCCUGCGAUGUCUCCUCAGAUGCUGCCAAGUUUUCAUCUACCUCUGCUGACAAGACUGCAAAGAUCUGGAGCUUUGAGCUCCCCUCCGCUCUCCAUGAGCUGAAGGGUCACAAAGGCUGUGUGCGCUGCUCUGUCUUCUCGGUGGACGGAACCCUGCUGGCGACUGGAGAUGACAACGGAGAGGUCAGGAUCUGGGACUCCUGCACUGGAGAGCUCCUUCACCUGUGCGCCCCAGUUCCUGUAGAAGGUGGAGUGGCUACCCACGGAGGCUGGGUGACUUCCCUCCGCUUCUCUCCAGAUGGUACAAUGCUUGUCGCUGCCGGAGGGCAUCUCGAGUGGUGGAAUGUUGUCACCGGGGAGUCCUCACAGACCUUCUAUACAAACGGAACCAAUCUUAAGAAAAUACACGUGUCCCCAGACUUCAGAACAUACGUGACUGUUGAUAACCUCGGCAUCUUAUACAUUUUGCAGAGUUUAGACUAAAGCAUUGAAGCAUUGAUGGAGGCUGAACAGCUCUCUGUAAAUUUUAAUUGGAAAAAUCCCAGUGAAACUGUAUUUCUACUCUUUCUAAAGCUGUGAACCAUUCGCAGUAUUACACUUGCACAGAAGUGUUGUGACUGGGUCAGUAACAUCGAUGUCGCCAUUUCCCAGAUGAGCCAAGCUCCUCAUCACCGGCAUGAACAGUCUGGCCUCCAUGCACACGCGGAUGGAUGCAGACUUGUCACGCUGCUGGCAGAGCUCUCUCCAGUGUUCAGACUGGCCGGCACGACUAGUGAGUGAUCUGGAGGGAAUCCGUGUCUUCACGCGCUCAUUCUGCCAGCCGCUCCUGGGAUUUGGGGCUGCCGUCCAGGGCCUCACUUGCUGAGGCUACAGCUCUCCCAUGCAGUCUUGGGGCUUAUUUGCCCCUUGCAGAUUGGUCUGAAGAACGUUGUCUGCUGACAUUUUGCAGCAAGCCUUCUGACUCACGGGACAGCGGGGUCUGGAUCUCAGAAGGUCUCCGUGUGCAGGGAGAGCUUCCUCUGCUCCCCUUCUCUCUCCACUCACCACCGCGUGGCAGCCCCGUCGUGCUGGGCGUGGGCUCCUUGUCUGUGUCUGAGUCGGACGCUCUCCUGCUCUGUCUGUCUCCAUAUUUACACCAGACCCCCUGCACCCAGGGCUUUGCUGGGAUUCUUCUGCUCCUGGACUUUUGUUUUAACCUCUUUUUUUUUAAUAGAUAGAGGGGGAGAGAUAGAGAGGAAGACAAAGAUACAGUGAUUCUCUAAGGCUUGCUUCCCCACUGAAUGGUGCUCUGGUUGGUAGCUGGAGGCUUGAACCCUGGUCCUUGUACACGGUGAAGUGUGCGCUCUGCUGGACAAGCUGUCUCCUGGCCCCUGAACCUGACCUCUCUCUUCACUUUUCCUCAGCUGCUCCACGUUUAAAUGUUGACCAGUCAGACUGACCCAACGGAACACAUUUUAAUAAUACAUGCUAACAGUGGGUUUUUGCUAAGUAAUGUAAGAAAAAAAUUUUUUUCUAGUUAUAUUUGCUUUUACAAUUAGGACUACCAGUGUUAUUCUCUU